UGCCAUGUUCACGUUUCGGGAAUGGGAAGUUGGGACUCGGCAAUCUCCGAGUCCAAAUCCAAAUCGACCAUGGUUUCGCAGUCUCCCUCGCUCUCCGUUGUCUGACGAGUUCUCUCUUUCUCUAUGCUGAUCGCUUCUAUUCGCAGGCGAGCCAGAAAGCUUGGAUUUUCUUCUGUGCACCUAUCUAUCUAUCUCUUUGAAUCUUCCUCGGCCCUAACUAUCAGAAUCCAUGGCGUGCGUUUAUAUUCCCGUCCAGAACUCCGAAGAGGAGGUGAGGGUUGCUCUCGACCAGCUCCCGAGGGACGCCUCCGACAUUCUCGAUAUUCUCAAGGCCGAACAAGCUCCUCUUGACCUCUGGCUCAUUAUUGCGAGGGAAUAUUUCAAGCAGGGAAAAAUUGAUCAGUUCCGACAAAUUUUGGAGGAAGGAUCUAGUCCCGAAAUUGAUGAUUACUAUGCUGAUGUGAGAUAUGAAAGGAUUGCCAUCCUAAAUGCUUUAGGGGCCUAUUAUAGUUACCUUGGGAAGAUUGAGACAAAACAAAGAGAGAAGGAGGAACAUUUUAUUUUAGCAACCCAGUAUUAUAACAAAGCAUCAAGAAUUGACAUGCAUGAGCCUUCUACUUGGGUUGGGAAAGGUCAGCUUUUACUGGCUAAGGGUGAAGUGGAACAGGCCUCUGCUGCAUUUAAGAUUGUGCUGGAAGAAAAUUCCGAUAAUGUUCCUGCUCUUCUUGGUCAGGCUUGUGUUCAGUUUAGUCGUGGACGUUUCUCAGAUUCAUUGGAGUUAUACAAGAGGGCAUUGCAAGUAUAUCCUAAUUGUCCUGGAGCUGUGAGGCUUGGUCUAGGUCUCUGUCGUUACAAACUGGGUCAGUUUGAAAAGGCUCGACAGGCAUUUCAACGUGUUCUGCAGUUAGAUCCAGAAAAUGUUGAAGCUCUUGUGGCACUUGGGAUCAUGGAUUUACACACAAAUGAAGCUGAUGGAAUCCGGAAAGGCAUGGAGAAAAUGCAACAAGCUUUUGAGAUAUACCCCUACUGUGCAAUGUCAUUGAAUUAUUUAGCAAAUCACUUCUUUUUUACUGGUCAACAUUUUCUGGUUGAGCAACUGACUGAGACUGCACUUGCUGUAACCAAUCAUGGUCCGAUGAAGUCUCACUCAUACUACAAUCUAGCACGAUCUUACCAUAGCAAGGGUGAUUAUGAAAAAGCUGGAAUGUACUACAUGGCAUCUGUCAAGGAAAUCAACAAGCCUCAUGAGUUUGUGUUGCCUUUCUAUGGUCUUGGACAAGUCCAACUGAAGUUGGGGGAUUUUAGAAGCUCUCUUUCUAACUUUGAAAAGGUGUUGGAGGUUUACCCUGAGAAUUGUGAAACUUUGAAAGCCGUGGGGCACAUUUAUGUUCAGCUUGGCCAAACUGACAAGGCCUUGGAGAUUCUCCGCAAAGCAACAAGAAUUGACCCACGUGAUGCACAGGCGUUUCUGGAGCUGGGUGAAUUGUUAAUAUCAUCUGAUGCUGGAGCUGCGUUAGAGGCUUUCAGAACUGCACGCACUCUACUUAAAAAGGGAGGUGAGGAGGUUCCCAUAGAACUGCUGAACAAUAUUGGAGUUCUUCAUUUUGAAAGGGGAGAGUUUGAGUUGGCUGAACAAGCUUUCAAGGAUGCAUUGGGUGAUGGUAUUUGGCUUUCUUUCAUGGAUGGUAAAAUAUUCAGUUCUACCAUGGAUUCUGAUGUCUCUACCCGUCAAUACAAGGACAUGCAAUUGUUUCAACGACUUGAGGUGGAUGGUGUUUCUGUGGAGCUACCAUGGGAUAAAGUUACAACAGUGUUCAAUCUUGCUAGAUUACUUGAGCAAUUGCAUGACACUGAAAAAGCAAGUAUUCUGUACCGGCUGAUCUUGUUUAAGUACCCAGACUAUUUGGAUGCUUAUAUGAGGCUUGCUGCCAUUACAAAAGCCCGAAAUAACAUUCAGCUAAGCAUAGAGCUGAUUACAGAUGCUCUUAAGAUAAAUGAUAAGUGCUCAAAUGCUCUCUCUAUGCUCGGAAACUUGGAGCUUAAGGGUGAUGACUGGGUUAAGGCAAAAGAUACCUUCCGUGCUGCUAGAGAAGCAACUGAUGGAAAAGACUCUUAUGCUACUCUUUCUCUGGGGAACUGGAACUACUUUGCGGCUGUCCGUUCUGAGAAAAGGGGUCCAAAGUUGGAAGCAACCCAUCUGGAAAAAGCUAAGGAACUGUACACCAAAGUUUUGGUUCAACGACCUGCAAAUUUAUAUGCCGCCAAUGGUGCAGCAGUGGUUUUGGCAGAAAAAGGCCACUUUGAUGUUGCAAAAGAUAUUUUUACACAGGUUCAAGAAGCUGCAAGUGGAAGUAUUUUUGUCCAGAUGCCAGAUGUAUGGAUUAAUUUGGCUCAUGUUUAUUUUGCUCAAGGUCAUUUUGCAUUAGCGGUGAAAAUGUAUCAAAAUUGCUUGAGGAAGUUUUAUUACAAUACAGACACUCAAGUUCUCCUUUAUCUGGCUCGAACUCAUUAUGAGGCCGAGCAAUGGCAAGACUGCAAGAAGACUCUACUAAGAGCCAUCCAUUUGGCACCUUCAAACUACACACUACGGUUUGAUGCAGGUGUUGCAAUGCAGAAAUUCUCAGCAUCUACACUACAGAAGACAAAAAGGACCGCAGAUGAGGUACGUUCAACAGUUGCUGAGUUAAAGAAUGCUGUCUGUGUAUUUAGUCAGUUGUCUGCAGCAUCCAGCCUCCACUUCCAUGGAUUUGAUGAGAGGAAAAUUGAGACCCAUGUUGGGUAUUGCAAGCAUUUACUUGAUGCUGCAAAAGUCCACUGUGAGGCGGCUGAGCGUGAAGAGCAGCAGAACCGACAGAGGUUAGAAGUGGCUCGUCAGGUCACCCUGGCUGAGGAAGCUCGUCGCAAAGCUGAGGAGCAGAGGAAAUUUCAGUUAGAGAAAAGAAAGCAAGAGGAUGAGCUCAAGAAAGUUAUGCAACAAGAACAACAUUUUGAGCGUAUAAAGGAACAAUGGAAAAGUAGUACUCCUGCCUCCAAGCGGAAAGAUAGAUCCCUAGCUGAAGAUGAAGAGGGUGGCUAUAGUGAGAAGAGGAGGAAAGGUGGCAAGAGGAGAAAGAAGGACAAGAGCUCAAAGGCACAUUAUGAGAUGGAGGAAGCUGAAGCUGAGAUGAUGGAUGAUCAAGAAGAAAUGGAAGAUGAAGACGCAAGGAUGAUGAACAACCAGGAGGAUGUUAACGAGAUGAAUGAUCUGGAGGAUGGUGGAGCAGACAAUGCUCAGGAUCUUCUUGUAGCAGCUGGGCUUGAAGACUCUGAUGCUGAGGAUGAGGCUGCACCUUCGUCCACCAUACAUCGACGGAGGCAGGCAUGGUCUGAAUCUGAUGAUGAUGAGCCAACUCAGAGGCAGAUAGAAUCCAGCCCAAAUAGAGAGAACUCGGUGGAGUUGCCAGAAAGUGACAGAGAGAUCAGAGAGGAGAAUGACAAGACCAACAAGGAUGCUGCUGACGAUGAUGAAGAGGACUGAGGAUUGACAUGUUAUAAUCACAUGAGCGUGGGAUAUAUAUAUUUCUUGAAUUGUCUGUUUUCUGUUUGUAAAAAAAAAAAAGGUUACCGGGAUUUUUCUUUUCUGGUGUUGGUGAGAAAAUAUUUGUCAUUUAGAAAUAGGAAACAUACUGAAAUAUUGAGAUGUUGUAUCCGGAUAUUGUAAUAGAUUGGAGGAUAUUGAACAUAAAUUGGAAAUAUUCACUGAUAUUUUUGGGGAAUGACGAAAAUAGCAUAUUGAUAUC